AUGACCACAACUGAUAUGAACAAGACCUCCUUCAUCACAGACGACGCCAACUACUUUUACAAAGUUAUGCCAUUCGGUCUCAGAAACGCAAGAGCAACUUAUCAACGAUUGAUGGAUAAAGUUUUCAGCCAUAUAAUGGGCAAAUGUGUCGAAGUGUACGUCGCCGACAUGGUUGUCAAAUACCUGUGUCAUCACCAGCACGCUCAAGACUUAUCCGUAGUGUUUUCCGCGUUACGGCAGUACAACCUCCGCCUCAAUCUCAAAAAAUGCAUCUUCGACAUCGAUCGUGGAUCCAGAAACCAGAUACCAAAUGAUGGAGAAACUGGCCCUAUCCCUAGUACACGCAUCGUGACACCUACGCCCCUAUUUCCAAAACCACAACAUCAUCGUCAUAACCGAUACCCCAUCCAGAAGAUACUCCAAAAGCCAAACCUUACUGGCCGUAUGUCGUCCUGGGCCGUAGAACUAUUCGAGUUCAAUAUCCGUUAUGAACCCUACGACCCCAUCAAAGCUCAAUGCCUCCUCGACUUCGUCAACGACCUGCAACACGCCCCCGAAGAAGACCAAUGGACAUUUUAUGUUGAUGGUUCUUCGAAUCCAAAGGAGGUAGGUGCCGGUAUUGUCCUUGAUGGCCCCAACGACAUCCUCCUCGAAAAAUCCCUCCAUUUUGCCUUCAAGACCUCCAACAAUCAAGCCAAAUAUGAAGCCAUCCUCGCCGGCUUAUCCCUCGCCCGCAAAUUCUGCGUCAAAACACUUACGUGCAAAACCGAUUCUAAACUCAUACAAACACUAUCCGCAUCAUCCACAACAAACACUUGCCUUCACCUAACCUGGAACCAAACUGACAAUUGGACAACUCCCUACAUCCAGUACCUCCAAACUGGUAACCCCCCAUCUGAUGCUAACAAGAGUUGGCUGGCUAAAGCCGUCAGGUACACAAUGAUAGGAGAUGACUUAUACAAGCGGACAGCCACUCCUCAAAUGUGUCACAACCGAACAAGCCAAUACAUAAUAAAAGAAUUGCACGAAGGCAUAUGCAGAUAUCACUCCGGCGCACGAACCAUGACCACCAGAACCCUCCACACCGACUACUUUUGGCCAACCAUGGAGGCAAACUACCACACCUUUGUCAAAAAGUGCAUACCUUGCCAGAAGCAUGGCAACCUCAUCCAUCAAAAGCAAGAACAACUCCACUCCAUACUUUCUCCAUGGCCCUUCGCAAAGUGGGGAAUGGACAUUCUCGGCCCCUUUUUCCCAGGAAAAGGCCAAGUGAAAUUCCUUAUAGUAGCCAUCGACCAUUUCACUAAAUGGAUAGAGGCCAAAACGUUAGCCACCAUCACAACUCAACAAGUCCAGCAGUUCAUUUGGAAAGAUAUCAUAUGUCGAUAUGGCGUCCCACAUACGAUCAUAACCGACAAUGGCCGACAGUUCAUAAACAAGGAACUCGCCAAGUUCUACACUAGCCUCAACAUCAAACAUGUAACCAGCUCUGUGGAACAUUUGCAGACUAAUGGGCAAGCCGAAGUAGCCAACAAAGUUAUACUAGUAGACCUACGCAAACGACUGGAUAACGCCAAGGGCCGAUGGCCAAAAGAAUUAAUAGAAGUGUUAUGGGCCUAUAGAUGUACCCCCUAA